AUGUUGUCUAGAUUCCCACUGGGUUACGAUCCUCAGAUGUAUCAUGAGGACAGAGUCACUCUGUCGCGGACGACAUCUCAUCAACAUGCAAACGCUCGAGCAAACGGAAAGGCGCUUCAGUCAAAUCCAGUUGAACAAGCUCCCCCCGCGAGCGUUACACCUCAGCCACCGACGAGAAAACAUUAUGUCUUUCCAGACCCGGUAGCUUUUAGAUACCUGGAAGAAGAUUCGUCGACCGUUGUCAUCGAACGAUAUGGGAAGCUAAAAGGCUACGAAUUAUACGUGGUCGAGCAAUGGGCAUGUUCGAGGGUUCACCCUACGUUCGUUAUAUCUACGUAUACCGGCGAUUCGAAUCAUAGUAUCACGGUUGGAGUUUUGGGAGUUCCAUCGGAUGAAGGGAAAUGGUCACCCAGACUCCGAGUGUAUUUCAAAGCGAUUUCACAGUUCCACGCGAGGCCUAAAGACACACCACUUGGAUCGCUUAUGGUCACGAAUCUCAGCAGUUUUCCUUCAGCUCUUACAGUCAUUCCGGUUCCUGCUGGCGACAUCAAGAAGCAUAGGGAGGACUUUAUCGUAAACGAGAAUCUCAAGAGGUUAGGCUGUUCUGGGAGAUCAGGCAUGAGUUUGGCUACACCCGCAUCAGCAACACAGGCCAAGUUUCUGCAGUUAUACAAAACCAGUGAUCGAAUACCUUUAUACGGGGCAGUUAUUGAGCUUGUGAAGCUUUGCCAAGUUGCUCUGAUGAUGUUUGGAAAAUUAGAGCAAGAAUAUGCUGACGGAUGUCUGUGUGAUGUGACUGAGAAGGCCGUUCACGAUUGGUGGGCGGAGAUUGGAUCUGAGUACUAUAAUGUUGAGCCUACCGACGGUAUACUCGGACCGACAACAGUAUCUGCACUCUUGGGUUUGCUCAUGGGCGCUAGGAAUCGUCUCAACUAUUUUGGAGCUCCAGUUUCCAAGGAUGCUUUUGACGUUUAUAAUCUGAAAAGGGGGAUCGCACAUUUUCAAAAGUCACAAAAGAUAGAAAGAACCAGAAGACUGGACAGAGAAACACUUGCUCGUCUACAUCGAGUAACUGCAAAGGCGGCGGCUGGAGAAAGCUGGGCUGUAUCAAAAGCCGUCAAGUCCACCGUCGCAGAGCUCAGUGGUAAAGGCGGAGAAAUGGUUAUGGGCAUGGUUGGACGGGAUAAGGCAGGUAUUGGUGAGGUAGAAACUCUAGAUCUGGACCGAUUCGUUAGCCUGGUUCAUGGAGAGAGAGCGAAAUGGUUGUGGCAUGGGAAACCGAGACGUAGUGGUGGAGACAACGUUGGCAAAUCUGACCCAGGUCUCGGAACUUUGAGUUUCACAAAAGACCAUUCCGGAGGUUAUAUUUGGUCUCACAGCAGAACCGACUCAGUGCCACCGGAGGAGGAUAGCGACAUUCGAAAGGUUGAAAAGGGAAGCUCAAACAAUGUCUACAAUGAAAUACCUCCAGGCUCGGCGGUCAGUGUGACAGAGACUCCAGGGUCGGACCGUGAUCCACAAUUACGACGGACAGUACUCAAGGGAGUGUCAGACAAGAUGAGCGAUGCUCGAUCAGGCUUUGGUCGAAUCAAAGAUGCGGUUGGUUUGCGAGGUCAUCAAAGCAAACAUUCCAAGGAUGACGGUAUAUAUGGGGACCCUCGCGGGUCAGGUUACUUCAGUCCACAAAGUACAAGCACAUUGACGCCUGGUACUGCCCCAACAAGUCCUCUUAUGAUGAACAAAGCUUUCACAUGGAAGUUGACCCCCGAAGAAUAUCAGAAUGGUCAGCGAAAGGAAAGAGAUGUGGUGGCUAAGACUGGGGCAUUUGAUGAAGAUCGAAGUGGAAGUGCUCCCCCAGAACAAAUGGACCCAGAAGAAGCUCGAAGGGCAGCAGAAGCAGAGGAGAAGUGGGCACAACAGGUCAAAAGUAUCCGCCAAGAUCUCGUCGCCAAUGAACCAUCCGUCGCCGGUUCAAUUUACGGGGAUGGAAAUCUCGCAGGUCCGUUCGUGGAAGCAGAGCGUGAUCCGCAUAGUUUCGAAAUACUCUUACACCGUCGACACAGCAUAACUGGUGUUUCACCUUCUGCCACAAAUCAUCGAAAUGAAGCUUGGUGGCCCCGUCAGAUGUCUUUCAGUGAUGCUGAAGAAGCUGUCUUGACGUGGGAGUCAGUGGGUGAGCUCGACAACAACGCGGAAGAUGGCGAUGAUUUGACAGCAUUUCAGAACCAGAAGUUCAUCGCUGAAGAUCUUCGACAUUUGUAUGAGAAGGUUAUCUUUUUGCAAAAAGAGAUAGCUCCAUGGGUUGAAAGCAAAGUAGCAAGCGUUGAAGCUUUGGACGAACAGGCAGUGGGUGAGACAGAGCAAUUCCAGACACUUGUUUAUCAGCUGGGCGAAGCACACCAAGUCAUCAAGGCGGCCAACCAAGAAAUUCUUGCCGGUGAACGUUCUCAUAUUAUGGAAGCCGUCAAAGACGUCGAGACACUAGGUGCAAAGCUCGAAUAUGAGAUUAACGCUCUCAUAUCAAAGGUUGAAGAUGUCGAAGAGGGCGUGUCGCAAUUCGAGAGGCAGGUAGAGGGCUUGGAGCGCAAGGCAAAGGAGUUGGAAAUACAGUUGAGGACUGAAAGUUGGCCUCAUUAUAUUGUGCGUACUAUUACGGGAAUUGGGACAGGACCAAACAUUAUCGCUCCCCGUAGGUAG